GUUAGUAGUGGCAGCCAGCUUGCUGUGUUUCUCGCGCCGUGUGACGGGCUGCUUGCUGUAACAAGCGGCUGAGAUGAGUGAGAAGGCGCUGAGGGUGUUAACCUGUGGUGAUGUAUACGGGAAGCUGGAUGUGCUGUUCAAUAGAGUUCGAGCUAUUCAGAAGAAGAGUGGCCAGUUUGAUCUUUUACUCUGCGUUGGAAGCUUUUUUGGCACAAGCCCGGAGAGUCAAGCCCUCUGGGAAGACUACAAGUCUGGAGCAAAGAAAGCUCCCAUCCAGACCUACAUCUUGGGAGCAAAUAAUCAAGAAACUGUAAACCAUUUUGCGGACGUUGAUGGCUGUGAAUUGACUACAAAUAUAACCUACCUAGGUCGUAAAGGUGUGUUUACUGGAGCAUCAGGACUGCAAAUAGCAUAUUUAAGUGGCAUUGAGUCCCGUAGUGAGCCUGCGCCCGCAUACUGCUUUUCUGCAAAGGACAUCCAGUCACUGAAAUUGUCAUUAACUUCCAAUUCAAAAUUCAAAGGUGUAGAUAUAUUAUUGACUUCUCCAUGGCCUAAAGAAGUGUGGAAUUAUGGCAACGUCCCGGGUGAAAUAAACCUCAAACAAUGUGGAUCUUCUCUUGUUGCCAAUCUAGCUAGCAACCUAAAGCCCAGAUACCAUUUUGCUGCUCUGGAAGGAGAGAACUAUGAAAGACUUCCAUAUAGAAAUCAUUUUGUAUUGCAAGAGAGUGCACAACACGUCAGCCGGUUUAUAGCUUUGGCAAGCAUUGGGAAUCCUGCUAAGAAGAAGUGUAUCUAUGCAUUUAGCAUUGUGCCAAUGUGUGUGAUGGACUCAGCAGAACUUGUCAAGCAGCCACAAGAUACUACUGAAAACCCUUACCGGAAGUCCGAGAAAGAUACGCCAAAGAGUAAAGCUGAAGAGGAGGAAGAGCCAACACAGCAGUUUUUCUUUGACUUGAGUAAGCAACAUGGAAAAAAAAGGCCAUCUGAUGGAAGAGGAGGCCAACAAUUCCAAAAAAAGCAACCUAGAAAACACCCGCAACCGACUGGGCCCUGUUGGUUUUGUCUUGCCAGUCCUGAAGUUGAAAAGCACCUAGUGGUCAGCAUUGGAGAUAAUUGCUAUGUUGCUCUUGCUAAAGGAGGCUUAAUAUCGGAUCACGUAUUAAUCUUACCAGUAGGGCACUAUCAAUCUAUGGUUGACCUCUCAUCAGAAGUGAUUGAAGAAGUUGAAAAAUACAAGAAUGCGCUAAGAAAAUUUUUCAGGACAAAAGGAAAGAGAUAUGUGAUGUUUGAAAGAAACUAUAAGAGUCAGCACAUGCAGCUUCAAGUGGUUCCUCUGCCUUUGCAAUCCUGUACUACGGAGGACAUUAAAGAAACCUUCAUUGUACAAGCGCAGGAACAGAACAUAGAGUUAUUGGAAAUCCCAGAGCACACAGAUAUCAAACAAAUUGUACAGCCAGGGACACCAUACUUUUAUGUGGAGUUGGAUAGUGGAGAGAAAUUAUUUCACAGAAUAAAGAAAAACUUUCCCUUAGAAUUUGGAAGGGAGGUACUUGCCAGUGAAGCAAUGCUGAAUAUUCCAACCAGAGCACACUGGAAAGAGUGCAAAUCUAGUCCAGCUGAAGAGGAAUCUCUUGCAAAGUCAUUCAGAGGGGACUUUGAACAGUUUGACUUUUCCUUACAGGACUGAGUUCUGGGUUUUUUAAGAGUGUUCAAUACAUACUAUUUGAUGUAAGAAAAAAAACAUGGUUCCGUUAACUCCUAGCAAAGAGGCUGUAUUUUAUCUGAUUUGUUCAUUUGGAUCCACAUAAGGUGUGUUUUUUUUUUUUUUUUUUUUUUUAUAAACUUUUGUAUUGUUUGUAACACAUAUGCAUAACUAUUGAUUUAUUAAAGGAAUACUAUAGACACCAAUUCCACUUUAGCUUAAUGACGCAGUUUUUUUUUUUUCCUUACUGCUCAAUUUUCUGACAUUUAGGAGUUAAAUCACUUUUGUUUAUGUUCAGUUCUAGCCACACCUUCUCUUGUUGUGACGGACACAACAUGGAUUAAUUUUCAUUCAGGGGUUUUCCUUUCAAUGUUUUUAGCCACUGCUCUGUAAAUUGAACCUUAAUCACACCAUGGAGGCUCCCGCAAGGUCUAGCAAGCUAUUAACAGUGCAGGAGAUAAUGAAUGCUAAAUUAAACAGAUUUGCAAUAAAGGAAGUGUAAACAUAAGAUCUCACUUUACAGGAAGUGUUUAGGAAGGCUGUGUAAGUCACAUGUAUGGAGGUGUGACCAGUGCUGUGUAAACAAAGUGAUUUCACUCCUAAAUGGCAGAUAAUUGAGCAGUGAGACUGCAUGGGCAUAAACUAUACACCAUAACUGCUUCAUUAAACUCAUGUUGUUUGGGGAACUAUAGUGUCUUUUUAAAUCUACACAAACUUUCUUGUAGGUAAACUUUCUACGUUUUUUCCUCAGCAGGGAGGAAUCCUUGACUUAUGUUUAUAUUGAUCCUAGUAACAUUGUACUGAAUUCCAUAGUCCUACUUGAGUAUCUCUAGUUUAUGCUAAGCAGCUCUUUGCGGAGUCUAAUUUGUGUUCUGUAAGGAUAAUUCAGCUUUAUUCUGUGCAAUUCUACAGAUGUACAUCUAGAAGCCAGUUUCUGAUUUUAAAUGUUUCACAUUGCAAUAAGGAGGACAUUAAAAAUUCUUGUUUCUGAAGUGGCUCGUAUGUGCUUUUUAAGUCUUCUUAUUUUAGCAUUGUAAAAAAAAAAAAAUGUUUUUUUUGUACAUUUAAAUAAACUUUUUAAAACUUGAA